AUGCCGAAAGCUGAUUUCAAAUGUCAUAGUGUAGUAUUUAAUGGAAAUAUUUUAAUAUCUGGAUGAACAAAAAAAACUAUUUUGCUAUACUCAGUCGAUCUUAAUUCUUUUUCUAAAAUUCCUUAUGGCUUUGGAAAGUUUAAAAGAAAGAUAUUAAUAAACAUAGGGAGAUUGUAUUUGAUCGAGUGUGAUGGGUUUGUGUAUGAAAGUGAAGUUGGAGAUGAGUAUAAUUGAAAACAGAUAGCAAAUUCAAUCAUUAAAUUUGAGCAUUGGCAAGUUCAUUGCUCAUAUAAUAAGGGAGGAAUUUAUAGCAUGAUAUGAUUAAAUUUUAAAUUUUGAAAGAAAAUGCAUGAUUUUGUAAAAAGUCCUUUGAGUUUUAAUUUUCAAAGAGAAAAUACUAAUUAA